UCUAUCUUAAAAUACAGUAAACUACUCAUUAGGUGCACAAAUUUUCCCAGCUUGACCUCUGCAAAUCUCAAUUUUAUCCUUCUGACGAGCACCAAUUUUCCUUCUUCCUCACUAUUUCACUCCAUCACCUACCAAUGCAUUCCACUUUACAUACAUUUAUAUAUUCAUAAACCCUAAAAAAUUCCUCUUAAAGAGCCCAUUUUUUUUUGUUUCGUUUGAUUUUCGGUGUAAUUUUAUUUUGUUAUUAUGUAUAGAUCGGGAGCUGUAAUGGCAUGGAACGUAUUCAGAUUUUGUACGGCCUUACGAGGGCUCGGUUCGAUCAUGAUCCUUUUAGUUAUGGGAGUUGUGGGAGUUACUUAUUACGCCAUCGUUUUGACUAAUUAUGGGCCGUCCCUUGCUAGCAGUGGCGGUCUCCUUGAUGCCCUCAUCGUUUUUUUAGUACUCGUCAUAUUCCAUUGUCUGUUGGUGAUGCUUCUGUGGUGUUAUUUCUCCGUUGUUUUUACUGAUCCUGGUAGUGUGCCUCCAAAUUGGAGGCCAGAAUUGGAUGAAGAAAGAGGGGAAGCUGACCCGUUAACUGCAUCAGAAUUUGGGGCUUCGCCAGCUGACUCGGGGAAUCCAAGAAUACGUUUUUGUAGAAAGUGCAACCAGUUAAAACCGCCUCGGUGUCAUCACUGUUCUGUUUGUGGAAGGUGUGUGCUAAAGAUGGAUCAUCAUUGUGUGUGGGUUGUCAACUGUGUUGGAGCAUUAAACUACAAGUAUUUCCUUCUCUUCUUG